AUGUUUUCUCUUCCAUGCUUGCUUAUGCUUAUUCUUCCACUCAUUUACAAUGUUGCUAGUGCUUGUUCUAAUGGAGCUUGCAGGCUUCUUGAUGAGUGCUCCUCUGAUGGAGACUGUGGCACUGGGCUCUACUGUUUCUCUUGUCCAUUUGGGUUUGCAGGCUCUAGGUGUGUGAGAUCAUCUAUCACAGAUCAAUUCAAGCUCUUAAAUAAUUCUCUACCGUUCAACAAAUAUGCAUUUUUGACAACACACAACUCUUAUGCCAUUGAUGGGGAGCCAUCUCAUACAGAUGUGCCUCGUGUAACCUUCACCAACCAAGAAGACAAUGUCACCCAACAGCUAAAUAAUGGAGUUCGGGCACUAAUGCUGGAUACAUACGAUUUUGAGGGAGAUGUGUGGUUAUGCCAUUCAUUUGGAGGCCAAUGCCAUGACUUUACAGCUUUUGAACCUGCUAUAGACACACUGAAGGAAAUUGAAGCUUUUUUAUCAGCAAAUCCAACAGAAAUUGUCACAAUUAUCUUGGAAGAUUAUGUUCAAGCCCCAAAUGGUUUGACAAAGGUCUUCACUGAUGCUGGCCUGAUGAAGUAUUGGUUUCCAUUGACAAGCAUGCCGAAAAAUGGUGGAGAUUGGCCUCUUGUGAGUGAUAUGGUUGCCAAAAACCAAAGAUUAUUAGUGUUCACUUCUAUCAGGUCUAAGGAACAAAGUGAAGGCAUUGCUUACCAGUGGAAUUACAUGGUUGAGAAUCAGUAUGGGGAUGGAGGAAUGAAUGCAGGAAGCUGUCCAAACAGGGCGGAAUCAUCUCCUAUGAAUGACACAAGCAAAUCCUUAGUGUUGGUAAACUAUUUUAGAUCAACUCCACUUAAGCCAAUUACAUGUGAAGAUAAUUCUGGAGUACUUGUUGACAUGCUAAAAACUUGUUAUGGUGCUGCUGGUAACCGGUGGGCUAAUUUUGUUGCUGUUGAUUAUUACAAGAGGAGUGAGGGAGGAGGGUCCUUUCAAGCUGCGGACACUCUCAAUGGGGAGCUAUUAUGUGGAUGUGAUGAUGUUCAUACGUGUGUGCCUGGAUCAACUUCACAAGCUUGCACACCACCCUAGAAAGCAUAGUAACAAGCAAUUUUCAGUCAUUGAAACCAUUAUGGCUUGCCAUUGUAUCACAAACCCCAGCUUCUGAUAUAGUUAUGCAAAUGCUGUUUUCGCUUUUCUGCAGUAAUAAUGGUGACAGGUUAAAUUAAAUUCAACAAUCAUGAUGGAGCUACUUGUUUUUGGCAAAUUUCAAAUAUAUAAUGGGCAAAAAAAUAUCACCUUCUUGUUGAAAUUUUAGAAGUCAUCAUUUGUGU